ACACGGCCUGUUUGCUCCUGCCUCGUGCCAGCGUCCUCCCUGCAGCUGCUCGCUGAGACCGGGGCCAUGUGGGCCCUGUUAGUGCUCCUGUUCCUGAUGCCACCAGGUUCCUCGGCCACUGGGGCCCUGGCUGAGGUGCGUCAGACCCCGCCGCCUGCCGGAACCGGUGCCAGGGCCCGGCCCCCCUCUGCCGCCCAGGGAGCUCUGCCCAAGGCCUUGGAGCUGGCGGCCCGGGGCGCGGACCCCCUGCUGUCCCUCAACCUGGGCCUGAACUUCAAGAUCAAGGUGAAGAGCCAGGGCAGCUUCCAGCCGGCAGGUCCCAGCGCUGAGCCGGCCCUCGCAGACCUGCCCCCGGCCGACACAACGGACCCAAUCUCCUCUGCCAAUUUCCUAAUGCCCGGCGAGGCCCUGUCCGGCUCCUCCUCCGCUCCCGGCUCAGGGUGGCUGGCGACCGGCUCUGCAGACGAACCUUCGCCUGGGAGCUGGGGCGAGACCGCCGCAGACGGGGAUGGCUCCCCAGUUCCUCGGUUCCGCAGCAGCCCCAGGGGCCGCCCGCCGAGCACCACCCCCUUCGAGUCGGAGUUCCUGGAGCCGGUGCCCACGCCUCGGCUCUCCUCGUUCCGGCCUGACGUGAUGCUGCCAGCUGCCAGACAGCCCACCGCCGCCACCUCCUCCUGGGGGCGCAGCCAGGGCCUGGAGUUUCACAUCAACAUUGACCUAACGGCGGGGCUGGACCAGGAGAUGGGUGUGCCCCCCACCCACAUCCUGCCUGCCAGGGGGAGCAAGGGCCCGGGCACUAGGUGGAAGUACCCGCUGCUCCCCAGCCUGAAGGCAGGGAUCUCGGAGAUCACCAGCAAGCUGGGCACCUCCAGUUUCUUUGGCCCUACGCUGCCACCAGACUGGCACCAGGAGAGGAACAGCACAGGUGGCGUCUGGGACCAGCCCCAAGACACCAGCCCCUCUCCACCCCAUGCCACGGAGCCAGGUCUGGCCCCUGGCCGGCACGGCCCCUCUCCCGGCAGCGAGGGGGCACUGGCCGCCUGGCCCAGGUGCACGCCGGAGAAGCCAGAGGAGUGCGGCUCCUCCAGCCCUGAGCCCGAGGCCCCACCGGUGCCACGCCUGCUGCCCUCCCCGCCCCUCUUCGUCACGCUGCAUGCGGACUGGAACACGGCCAUGGCCGACUGGGGCCUGGCCUGGGAAGCCCACGUCUAUGGGGCCGGCUCCCUCUUCAGCCUGCUGGCCCUGCUGUCCCUGCUGGGCCUGGCCUGCCUCCCCGUCCGCUGCCCGGCUGGCUGCACCUUCCUGGCAGCCCUCGACCUGCUGCUGCUGGUGGCCGGCACCGCCCGGGCCUUCCUGCUCUUCUACGAUGCCUACGGGCAGCAGGAGCGGCUGCCGGCCUUCGCCUCGCUGCUGCUGCACGACCUGCCCUUCCCCUGCCUCUCCUCCGCACUGGCCAUGGCCUUUCUGCUGCUCUCCACCCGCUCGCGCAUCAAGCUCUCGCACGCCCGCUUCCGGCACCCCGGCUGCCUGGCGUCCCUGGUGCUGCUGCACUUCUUCGUGGCCGUGGGCGCCGUCCUGGCCGCGGACCUGCUGCGCCAGUUCCCCUUCCUGCUGCUGGUCUCGCGGGGGGCCUACGCCCUUCUGGCAGCCCUCCUCUCCCUCGCCUUCCUCGCCUUCUACUGCCUGGGCCGGGCGGACACCACGCAGAGCUACAACCUCCACAGCUCCAUGCCGCCCACCGAGCGCCUCAGCCGCUGCCCCUUCACCGACGCUGGCGACUGGAGCCGGGCCGCGCACACAACCCUGCUGGCCGCCUGCUUCGCCCUGCUGAGCGCUGCCCUGCAGGCCUACGCCGUCCUGCAUGCCCUGGGCUAUGGCCUGCCACCGGGCUUCUUUGGGCCCUGGCCCUGGUGGUCGCUGCAGCUGGGCUGCCGGCUCUGUGAGGUGGGCACCGGGCUGCCCCUGGCCCUGGUGGGCCUGUACCCCCUGGUCUACUCCCACGAGCCCCCCUGCGUGCACUGCUGGGGCACACUCUUCCGCGGCCCCGUGAAGGCCCCUGUCCUGCCCAACAACUUCCAGUGGGCAAUGGCGCAGCACGAGAAGCUGGUGACGUGUGACACCAUCACCCGCAGCGACUCUGAGUUCCUGCCGCUCUACUCCCUGGCCGGGAGCUGCCUGAGUGCGGACGGGGCCAUGGGUGACUGUGGUGCCCACAGUCCGGGGGCUGCCAGGGCCUCAGAGACGCGCCUGAAGGGCGGCUGCGGCUCAAAGACCUCCUCCAUCAUCAGCAUGGCCAUGGACGGUGACCCCACAGCCGACUUCCGGCCCCCGUCGCCCAUCAACCUGCGGCGCAGCAUCGACGAGGCCCUGUUCAGCGAGGCCCUCAUCCCCGCCAGCCUCUUCCAACCCGCCGGCACCCUCGCCAGCUCCAGCACCCUGGCACUCAGCCUCCAGAGCCCCGGCUUGCAGGAGUGCCAGGGGCGAGGGGAGGCGCCGGCCAGCCGGGGCCUGUACCGGACUUCCUCCUGCAUGGAGCUGGAGACUGCCCUGCCCCAGGGAGGGGAUGGGGAGGCGUCCCUGGAGACCAGUGUGCCUGACACCCCAUUCUGCUCCCCGGGCAGGUGGAGGGGAAGCAGCCGCUGCUCCAGCUCCCCCUAUGGACACUCCCUGGACGGCUCCUCCCUGGUCCUGUGCCCCAGCCUGGAGCAAACCACCCAUGCGUCUUCCUUUGCGUACGAGCCGAAGCUGCCCCAGGGCCAGGGCGAGAGCAGCCCCCGCCGGUCCCCACCACCACCCGGAGGGCUGUACCUGCCCCUGGCCCAGCCCUCCCAGGAGUCCUUGGACUCUCUGGUCCUGCAGCUGCCGGCGGGCGACGCGGCUCUGCUGCAGGAGGAGUUCGUGGACGUGUGCCGGCAGAUCGACGCGCUCAGCGUCAGCAGCGACACCAUCGACCUGUAGGGAGACAGGCCACCCCGGCCCCGCUGCUGCCACCUCCCCAGUGGGCCCGGCCUCGCAGGAGGAGCCAGGGCGGCCCUGAAACCCACAUCUCCCCCCACGGUGCUAGGUGGGACGGGCCCCUCCCGCCUCUGGACGGGGUCCCCUCUGGUCUGAGCCAGUGCAUGGCCCAUGCCCUCCAGCAGAGGGCGCUCACACCGGGGCAGAUUUGCAACGUCCUCGUCCCCCCCCGUGCCCACGUGGCGCUGCACCUGUGCCCCCCCCGCCCGAGAUGGGGCGGGGGGAGCCCACGGCCGGCCAUAGGGGCUGCAGCUCUGUGACCAGGAGAGGGCGCUCCCUGCUGGGGGAGAGACGGGACUGCGGGCUCCCAACAGCCUGGGCCACAGCUGCUUCCUAAGGGGC